AUGUCCCUGCCCCCCCUCGCGCCGCCGCCCGCCGCCGCCCCGCGCUUGCAGCCCAGGCAGCAGCAGCAGCUGCAGCGCGCCCCGAGGCAGGCUUUGCGGUCUGCAAAGGGUGGCGGGGCGGCCUCCAGCUCCCGGCCCAGCGCUCCCCUGCCGCCGCGCCCCGGGAGCAGGGGCCGGGCGGCCGCCCGGGGACGCUCGGCCUUGGCGCGGCCGGGCUCCUGCGAGGCGCUGCGCUUCUCGCUCAGCCUCCCGCCCGAGGCGAUCGGGGCGCUGCAGCGCCGCAGCCGGGAGAAGCCGCCGCCGCCGCCGCCGCCGCCCGGACGCGCCUCCCCGGACGCCGCGAAGCGCCCCCUGGCGGCCGCCUCGAAGGCCGGCGGCGACCCGCGCGCCCCGCUCCGGGGCUCCCUGCUCCGCUGCGACGACGUGGAGGACGAGGCGGCGGCGGCGGCGGAGGACGGGCUGGUGCGCAAGUGCACCGAGUGGCUCCGGGGCGUGGAGGGCGCCGCCGCCCGGGGCCGAGGCGACAAGCUGGGCACCCUGCCCCACCUGAGCACCCUCUGA